CGGAUUUGCACAAAAAGUGUCUGUCGUGCGUGCGGCUGGGACAAUGUAAUAUGAGAGGCUGGGCUGGAGCAUAUGCGAGGAGUAGGCGAGUCGGAAAAACAAGCAUGUCAUUGAUGAGGCGUCUUUUGAUCCUUGUAAGAGAAAGAAAAUCCCGGUAAACGGCUUGAUUUGAAUGGCGCGUGGCUUUGUUGCGGUAUAAGUGAUGGAUGUGUCUUGAGCAGAGUCCGUUUCUGCGCCGCUUCUAUAGAAGCAGAAUCAUGAACGGCACAUGUCAAACAUACAUAUAUAAAUAAUAUAUAUGUAUAUAAAUCUACGUACAUUCUUCGUAUUUUCUCUUUUUCCGUGAAUCCAGGAAGCACAGUAAGCCAAUGUCCCAGCUGGCACACCACCACAAGACGCACUCCUCGACUAAUCUGGCCUCUCACAACGUCCGGUGUGUGGCAGCACAGCUCAGAGCCAUGUAUGCAAAUGUAAAAAAACUCAGCUUUUCUCUCUUCUUCAAUCCUAUACCCUGUUUGAGACUCAAGGUCAUGAGCUGAGGCGUAACCUUGCAAGUGGUCCUUUCUAUUUUACUUCUGCUAAGUUGUAGGCCUGAACUGAGUCAAGAACCAGGUAAAGUAACGGAGGGAACGAAACUAACAUGUAGCUACAUGGAAAUAGGCACAAUCGUGAGGCUGAUUGAGACUCGCUAGUGACCUUGCCAUGUGCCUUGCCCUUGUUUGGAUCCCAGCCACCGUACACUACAUCUGCUACUACUAACCCAAAGGACAAUAUUCGAUAAAUGGUGAUUGGGUGCAUGACUGGAUACUUGUACGUAUUCCGCAUCAUCAGCACACACGGGAUCGCCCAAAACUAGCACCAGGUAGUCCAUGCAGCCCCCCCCCACUCCUCACAUCCUCCAAGAUACACAUCCCAAAAACACACAAAGAACAGCCCAUCCUCAUCCCUGCUUGUCUCGUGCCACACACACACUCCCCCCCCCCCC